AGAAAGAACCGUCUGGGCCGCACGAAGAUCCUGACAAAGAGAUACCCGGUCCCUUACCCGACCUAGUUGUAGGCCUAUCUGUGGUUUCAGGGUCUCCACAAACCUGUUAGGAACCCCACCCAAACGCCCUGUUCUGAAUCCCCAGCUCCACACCCUCCAAACUCCAUGUGGUUCAGCCCGAGUGUUUUAUUCACGGUGUCAGAGGCCUGACGGAGAGGUCCAUUACAGAGGCAGUGAGGCUCAUUGCUGGAGUGGUGUUGUCUCUACGGGAUAAAUCAUCAGUAGGCGUACGUGACAAAGGCCCACCAUAGACACAAGUUAAAUGAGCUUGCGUUCUGGAGAUGGCUCAUGAAGAAUCUAUCGAACACAGCUCCUUAUAUGAAUCCUCUGAUCCAUUUCCUGCCCGGCUGCCCUUCAGCAAGAAGAAGCGUGUGGAAUGUAAGGCCUGGAUUACCAACUUCACGAUGAAGAACACAACCCGUCCGGGAGUAACUGUACAGCCAGGCCUCCUACAACUGCUUGGUCAACAAGGAGCUGACCAGUGCAACGAGAGGUCCAUCCCUCGGUUGGUGAGCGGUUUCAUGCCGGGCCAGAGGAAGGUGUGUCUCAGGAGGAAUGACAAGCAUGAGGUGAAGUUGUCAACAUGCGACUCUGUGGUGCCUCCAUCAGGACGGAGACAGGAAGAAGGGCAGGUCUACGACUGUGAAGCAGCCCAACGGCAAGUAGGGCUGGGAGUGAAACAACAAUAGUUGUUGUUAAUGCAGCAUCGUCGAUUAACCAGGAACAUACAGGUGUCAAAUACCCAUAGAAAACACUCCAUGGCUUGCUCUGCCCCUGUUAUAACUACAGCUGCUGUAUGUAUGUAGCAUAGAAUACGGUCUCCCCCCAUCGGAUGCUGGUUUUUCCAAGAACAGGAGACCAUGGAUGCAGUGCACAAAAACAAUGUUGUUUGCCGGUUCUGAGGCAGCAUGGACAGAUAAAACCCUGUUUCUGUAUUUUUACACAAUGUUGUUAGAAUUGUAUGAUUUAUCAUUCAGAUCUUUCUUUAUAGGGCCCUUAUGCAGACUAAAAGGGCAUGUAAAAAUAUGUUGAUAUCGACACAGUAUUGGGGGGCUUUACUGUAAUAAAGUACUUUUG